ACAUAUAUCAGACGAAAAUACAAUCAAAUAGAAUGGCUCAUGAAUUGAUUGGAUUUAUAUAGCGAUUUUUUUUCUAGACACUUACCACAGGUUUUUUUAGACAAAGGAACUCACCUCGUCUAUCACCAAGAUCAGAAUAUAAUAUAAUAUUGUAGAUUCUUAGAUAGUUUUGUUUAAUAUUUUAAAGCAGAGAAUAGAAUAAAGGCUAUCAACAGUAGUUUAUUAGGCCUCCAAUCGAUCUUUCGGGGGAUGCAAACUGUAUAAAUGAGAAUUAUUAUAAGAUCUACUUUGCAGGCCUACUAAAUGUCAUGUCACCACUAUGCAUGAGGGUAACGGGUUGGUUUGGGGGGAUUUCGCUCUCUCUGCAUUCCGUUGCUCAUAUCCCUCCCACAGCGGGUCCGGUUUAGGUCUCUGUAGCUCCACCUCCGAGGAACUGGCCUCGCCAGAACAGUAGGCUACCGCCGAUUAGCUGGCCGCCCCCUCCCAAGGAAACACUGGCCAGAAGAGAGGCUCUGCCGCGGUUCAGCUCGUUGUUUAUUCGUCUGGGUUGGGUGAACUGCUGCCGCCAUGGCCGACGAAGGCAUGGAUGAACGGUCUCCGCUGCUCUCAGCACCGAACUCCGGGAAUGUCUCACCGUUGGAACCGCCGGCAUACCUGCAGGACACAAGUCCAAGAGCUGAACUCCCUCCCCCCUACACAGCCAUCGCCAGUCCCGACCCAGGGGGGGUACCCGUCAUCAACUGCCGGGUGUGUCAGUCUCUCAUUAACCUGGAUGGCAAGCUGCAGCAGCACGUGGUGAAGUGCACUGUGUGCAACGAGGCCACGCCUAUCAAAAACCCACCGACUGGGAAGAAGUAUGUACGCUGUCCCUGUAACUGCCUCCUCAUCUGCAAAGACUCAUCUAGGAGGAUAGGAUGCCCCAGACCCAACUGCAGACGCAUCAUCAACCUGAGCCCGGUGAUGGUGAUUCCAGAGGAGCAGCCGGCCCAGCCAGCCCUGCCAGUCCAGUCUGAGGGCAUGAGGGUGGUCUGUGGCCACUGUGGAAACACCUUCCUUUGGAUGGAGCUCCGAUUUAACACGCUAGCAAAAUGCCCUCACUGCAAAAAAAUAUCGUCUGUGGGUAGUGCUCUUCCAAGGAGGCGUUGUUGUGCCUACAUCACUGUGGGAAUGAUCUGCAUCUUUGUCGGAGUGGGAUUAACAGUGGGGACUCAGGACUUUGCCAGUCGUUACCAUGCCACCUAUGUGUCCUGGGCCUUCUCCUACCUCCUGGGUCUGAUCUGUCUGAUACGAGCUUGUUACUGGGGCGCCAUUAAAGUCAGCUAUCCAGAGAACAGCUUUUCCUAGACAGACAGACCAUCGAAGUCAGCUAUCCAGAGAACAGCUUUUCCUAGACAGACAGACAGACAGACAGACAGACCGUUGUACUGUGUUUCUCCCUUUUAGUUGUUUAUGUUGUUAUUAUUCAGAUGAAGACGGAGGUCAGUCUGGUCCAGUCCUGAUCCAGGAGAAAACAGAAAUCCAGCCCUGGUUUUGUAAUUAACUCUGAAAACUUUUAUUUUUUUUAAUGCAGAUCAGGAAUUGAGCUCUUUAUAAUUGCUUAAUUGGUUUGAUUUAUCAUAUAUAGUGAUGUAAUUAACAUUGAUAAAUAUGAUGAUUUUAAUAGGAAGCCGGACAGCUGGGCGGUCUCUCUCCUGGACCAGGUAAAGGAUUUGACUGACUGACAGACAUGGCGUUCCCAACCAGACCAAAUUCAAUUAACAACAAUCUUGACAAUUGCACUACAAUUAUAUUCAAUGAUUCUGUUCAGUUGCUGCUAGUUACCCCAGCUCCAAAAGCUCUCUCCUCUCUCUCUCUCUCCAUACUGUAUGUAACCCUAGUAACGCCCUCAGUACUGGUCCUGAUGUCUAAUACUCUGAAAGGAUCCCCUUUUACAUAUUCCUCCUUAAAGCCGUGUGUGCCAACGCUGCUGCCCAAGUACAUUUCCCAAGUAUGUUUCACUCUGCCUUCACUAUACUGUUAUCAUGUCCUAGUGUUUCACUCUGCCUUCACUAUACUGUUAUCAUGUCCUAGUGUUUCACUCUGCCUUCACUAUACUGUUACUGUCCUAGUGUUUCACUCUGCCUUCACUAUACUGUUACUGUCCUAGUGUUUCACAGCAUACCUAACUACUUCUUCACCAUCGUCAAUAGCCUUCUCAUCAUUGGCUGUUCUCAUCAUGAGAUGUUGUUUUAAACACACUACAUGUUCUAGUUUUACAUUAGGUUUCUGAUUCAGAAAGGAAAGGUACUGUUGAAAUGUUCUGGGCCCAAAAACACCCUAAGGCUUUAGUUCAUGGUUAGAACCAUAGGAUGCUUUUGGUAAACCGGGCCCCUUUCAUUAUCCUUACCUGUCCAGCUCUCCCACCUCUGCUCCUAGAAUGUAGCUGACUUCCUGCUUCCUGCCUGAUUGUUUCCUGAAGCCAGUGAAAGCUAGCUAGUGUUGCGGUAGAUAUGCAAUCCUGUCUAGACAAAAUAGGCACAAUCUCUUAACUAAUCUUGUUCUGAAUGUGAUGAUGAAACAGAAGUCUCUUCUUGUACAUAGUUAAUUCAGCGCAUUGAAACUGAGGCUUGGGAUAAUAAAACAUUUAAAAAACAUAAUUUAUCAAUAAAAUUAACAAAUGUGACUCGUU